CCAGUUUGUCUCGCGUAUAUUAAUUGAAAAAGUAUUCAUAAGGCAGCAUGGAGAAUAAAAUGAUCUGAUAACAUAGACUUGCUUAGAAACGUGCAAUGGAAUAUAUGCCAAUACGGUUUUGAUUUUGUAAUUCAGAUUAUAGAGAACGGAAUUUAUUAAUUAAAUAAUUUCGAUUAUUUUAACUCACAUUUUAACACGUUUGCAAUAUAAUCUACAACGAAUAUCAAUUCUAAAGCAGGAAAGAAUAAGCACACGUCGUAAUACUUUAUCAUAGAGUAGAAAAGGUGGAAUUGAAGUUUAGAAAUGGUGGCAGUACGUAUAGCGACUUUCCUUCAGACGUUAUGCACGUAUUCCCAGAUUGCUAUAUUACUCGUUCAUAUGCCCUCUAUACUCGGAUUGCCAUAUCUAAACGAUGGGACAAGCAUUCAACAGCUCUACAGUGAUGGCGUCUUAAACGGUGAUACUGUCAUAUCCGAUCGACUUUUUCCUAGUUACAAUGAUCAACAGAAUACGUUCGAUGCAUACGGACAAACGUUUGGGAAUAACAUGGAUUUGCCUUUGGACUCAAAUGAGGUCGAAAAUGAAAUCAUAUCACAACUGGUUGGCUCUAAUCAGAAUGAAAACGAUUACAAACGCAGUGUUAACCGUGAUGUCUUAAAUAAACUCGUUGGCACCAGGGCAAAGAGAUUUGGAUAUUCAUACCACCCAUAUCUUAUAUCCCCUAGGCCGGUGACUCGUGCACGGAAUUGGAAUGACCCUUCGAAAUUAUGGAUGACGUCUAAUGACAACGAUUUUGCCAAGGUUAAACGACGGUUUGCUUUCUCUGCUCUGAGAGGAAGAUAGAUUGGUUUUCACCGAGGAAGAACUCCAUCGUUGCAAACUACAGAUGUUUCGAUAAUGUUAGCGCAAAGCAAAUGUUCAACAGACAACCUAUGUGAAAUUGAUUAUGUGUCCUUGUGAUUACAUAAAUGUUGUGAACAUCAUCUCGUGAUAAUACUAAACAAAUAGUGUUAAGCAUCGAUUACAAUGUUCAAAAACACAAAUAUUAAUGUUCUAUUUGCUGGGUUUAUUUAUCUUCGAAUACUUUAUAUAAAUGUUAUCAUUCUAAAGAACCAGGUAUACACACUAUUUUUGGGUUGUCUUGUUAACGAGAAAACCAAUUCAAUGUGUAUAUACAAGGUAUUUAAAGUCGACUGUGAAAGUUCAGAAACUAAAAAUCAUUUGUAUGGCGUUAUCAAUUAUACAAAGUGCAAAUAUAUGAACAAUCUGCAUCAUUCAUUUUUUUUAACUAUUCUUGCCAAACGCAAUGAUCAACGGCUAAUAUUCACUGAACAAUACAAUUGAAACUAAUGGGACCAUGCAAGUCGUCUAAAGUUAAAUUUAGUUUGUUAAUGGGUACAAGGUACAAAGGUCAAACACACACUGAGCGACAGACACAAAACGCACAUACAAUACAGACCUACAACACAUGCAUCAACGUCUAUGUAUUUAUAAAUGUUGGGGUCACCUCAUUGGAGCGGUGAGAUAAACAAAAGCACUCCGGGAACAUAUAUUGAUAAAUGUUGUGCUUAUAAGUCCGUGGCCAAAUAUUCAACUAUAGGAACAAAUCUGUAUCAACAGUAUCGGAGUUAAAAUCAAUAUUUAGCAUCUUAACGUUUGCAGCAUAGGUGAAUUGCGGAGUUGAGCAUUUUUGGUAAACUAAGAUUUAAUCCGAUUUUCAAUCAAAAAGUUAUUGUAUUUCAGGAAAAUAUCUCUACAUGAAAACAUUUUUUUUGUAUUAAAAUAUUCAAGACAUCCCGAUUAACAAUGUCUGGAGGCUUUGCGGAGCUUCAAUUUAAAGAAAGUUAUUUACAUUUCUGUACCCAGGAAAUGAAUAUUGUCGAAUACUUUUCACUAUUUUAUUAAAUAUGUGUUUUUCUUCAUUUUUUUCAACAUAUAUCAUCAAAAACUCACAAUAUCUCACAAUGCAUUGUUAAUGAUUUAAUUUUCUGGGUCAUUUCAUAUAAGCCAUUUGAUACUUUUUGUGAGGUAUUUAAAACAAUUAAGAAUCGUAUUUGUUUCUGAAACAUGUAUGUGUCAAUUCAAAUAAUUUUAUCUUUUGUGAAAUAUUAAUACAGGUGUACUUUCAAAUAUAUAUCCUUGAUCCCUUGACAUUGAAAGAACACACUCAGUUGUAGCAACGGUUUGCAUUUUAAUCAAGAAUGGUAGUGUUUUCACUUCAAAUAAAAAACAACAUAUUUAUUGAAAUGCUCUGAAAUUAUAUUUUGCAUAUAAGGGAACAAAUAAUCACAUCAUCUGUUUUCGUUCAAACUUUAAGAAGCAAUGUCAGAAACCUCAUAGUCCCGUACUUGCCGAAACAAAUGCGAUACUGUCAACAUGGAGUCCCACUAAUGAUGCUGUAUAAAAUAUAUGAGAAAGAUUGAUAAUAAACCUGGUUAAACGAAUUUAAAAUAAAAACAUUCGAAUUGU